AUGAAAAUUAAAAAGGAGAAAAGAAACACAAGAUACGAAUAUGAGUUGGAUAAGAUGAAAAAGAAGAAGAAGGAUAAUUUGUUAAUAUUAAACAUUAUUAAUAACAAAAUAAAUUAUAUUUGUUAUAUUUUAAAAAGUGAUUACAGAGGUAUGAUUAAUGAUGUCAAUUAUGAAUAUAAGCAUUCGUUAGAAAUAUGUUUUUAUUAUUGCAAAUCGUAUAUAACUUUUUUAAUUUUAUAUUAUCCAUAUAUUCACAACUACAUAAAUUGCUUGCGAAAUAACAAUUUGAGAAUUUACAAAAAUUUAUACAAGUUCAUGUUAAAUUUACCCAAUAAUUUUUGUUCGCUUCUGUUUAAAUUGAAGAUAAUAGAUGAAUUGAAAAAAAAGUAUACUCUCAAUUCUAGUAAUGAAUAUUACAAGAACAAUAUUUUAAGCAGCGAUGUAGCGGAUUUAGAAAAUUCAUGUUCUCCUGCGUCAACUCUUGUCCAACUGAACAGGGCAAAUUUUUUCGAUUUCUUCUCAAAAGAAAAUUUUAUAAAAAUUUUAUUUUCUCGAAUUUAUAUAAAGAAAUACCAUAGAAGGAUUUUUAGAAUUUUGAAAAUUGUUAUAUUUUAUCAUUCCCUGCCAUUAUUUAACUUUUCUCCCAAAUUUUUCGAAAUAUAUCACAACAAAAGAUCGAGGGGGAAGCGGAGAAAUAGGAAAAAAAGGGAUAAAGGACAUGAACAGAAAGUAGGAGAACGGGCAGAAAGACAGGCAGAAGGACAGGCAGAAAGACAGGCAGAAGGACAGGCAGAAGGACAGGCAGAAAGACAGGCAGAAGGACAGGCAGAAGGACAGGCAGAAGGACAGGUAGAAGGACAGGCAGAAAGACAGGCAGAAGGACAGGCAGAAGGACAGGCAGAAGGACAGGCAGAAGGACAGGACAAAGGGGGGAUCAAUGCGAAAAACAUGCACCAUGGCGAGAACUCCCGAAUGAGAAAGGGCGACCAGAGAGGCAUAGGCGCAAGGAAGAAAAAGGAAUUCAAAGUGUUUUCCCUCAAACAUGUACAAUUUAAAAAAAACGAACAUUUCAGGAACCCCCCUUUCAAAAUGCUAUACUUUAGAACCCCGUUUUUUAAUCAUGUAGUCGUGCCCACAAUAUAUAUAAACGAUUAUUACAGGAAUACAAAAGUGUUAAUUAAAAAAAAAUAUGUAAAAGUGAAAAAAAAAAAAAAAAAAAAAAAAAAAAAGGGACAAGAAGAGGAAGCGGGAGAGAAAGUGGAAAAAGAAGAGGAUGAUACAGUUCUGUCAGAGAGCAGUGGAAGCGUAAGCACUGAACAGAGCUUAAGUUGUCUGAGCGACUCAGAAGAAGAAAAAGAAGUAGAAGAAUUUCUGAAUGAGAAAAUAGAUUCCUUCCAUGAGGAAGAUGAUACGAUUGGAAAACAUUGUGAUGCUACUGAUACUUACCAUAGGUGGCACUGUCAGGAGAGAACAUAUGAACACCAUGGUAAUAACGAUUUUCCAUUUUCUAUUGCAAAAAAUGAUUAUGUAGAUGUGGCAAAGGGGGAAGGAGAGGACUGUUCUUGUCAUGAUGAUUCCAUUACGAAGAAUAGUACUAGCAGUGGAAAUCCAUGUAUGAAAGAAAACUUUCUUGAAUUUGUGCGAUAUCAUAGGAGACAAAAUAAAUCACAAAAGGUAUUGGAAACAUUAUAUGGAAAUUACGUCCUGCAAGAUAUACAAAAAUAUCUGAAACAAGAGAAGAACAGAUUUAUGAAAGGAAAAAAAAAAAAAUAUAUAUAUAUACAUGAGACGUGGAAGGAAAUAAUAAACUUUGACGAAACGGAUGAUAAUAAUAAUACGCUUAUACAUAAAGCUUGUUUAGUUUCAAAUGUAAAUAUUAUUUUUUUGCUUUUAAGUUUAAAUGUUAAUCUGUUAAUAUAUAAUGAUAAAUCAGAAUUGCCUGUACACUGCACACUUUACAAUUGUGAUUUAUAUAUUUUUCUCUUGCUACUUCAUAAUACCGUCGAAUAUAUGUUUUUUUUUUAUGUAAAUUUGUAUAAAGAGUGUAAUAGGAAGAAAAAAAAAAAAAAAACUUGUAAAAAUGAAAUACAGAAAAAUAUUAUUUCAAAUGAUCAGGUCCCUCUGAAUACAGAAACGAAGAAAGAGAACAUCCAAGAUGAAAUUUUUAACUCGAAGCAUCAUCUUGAGGAAAAGACACAAAUGAAACACAUUAAAAUGGAAGAAGGAACUCCCAACUUCUGCAACAAGGUGGAUAGAAAAUAUCACAUGAAAUCACAAUUGGAUGAAAGGAAUAAAAAAAGUAAUACAAAUAUAAUGAAUAAUACCUUUCCAAGCAUUACCUCCAAAGGGAAAGCAAAUAAAUUCUAUACAAAAUAUAUAAGGAGGGAUUUUUUUUAUCAUAAAAAAAUUAACAUAUAUUUUUUGACGAACGUUGUUAAAUUGUAUUUAAGUAUAAUUUUGAAAAUUAUAGAAUUAGGGAAUUUUGAAUUUUUAAAAAUUCUUUUUAAUUAUAAUAAACAUAUUUUUUGUUACAUUUUACAUAAAAGGCAUAUGUUUUACUUCCUCUGUUCAUUUGCAUGCAUGUACAAUUGCAUGAAUGUAUUUAUGAAGCACUGUGAUUGGUUAAUGACGACCAACAAAUUUGAACAGUGUAGGGAGAAAAGUAAAAAGAGAAAGGGCGAAGAUUUAAUUUAUGGUGAAAAAAAUUCCUUCACUGUGAGAAAAAACAGGAAAUGGACGAACACGGAAAUUAGUUCAUCUUAUGAUACCUCACGUGAUGAAGCAGCUACUGCACUAUAUAAUACCUCACGUGAGGAAGAACAGAUAACAACGGGAGAAGUAAAAAGCGUUGAUCAUAAUGUUAGAAAAGCUCAAAUAAAUUCUGUACUAGGGAAAAGUGUGAAGGAUUACAUGAUAAAGAAAAAAAUGGACAAGCACAAUGGGAUCGAAGUAUUUUACUCAAAGGAAUGUGCUAAACAUAUUUUCGUCCCUGAACCGAGUGAUUACCCUUAUUUGAGAAACAAAAUUAAGAUAAAUAUUCCUGAGAACUCGAGCAGGUUAGAUGUGCUGAUAUCCAAUAAACAUGGUAUAUUGAAAAUGAAUACCUUUGUAAAUUUAAAAUUAAAAAGGAUUGAAAGAAAAGCUACUGCAAAUGAUAUUUUAAGAGUUCAUGAUAUUUCUUAUUUGAAAAUGCUUCUGAGAAGAAUAAAAAGGUGCAAUUGGGACGAUGAGUUUGAUGGUACUGAUAUAUGUGACAAUUUCUUAGAACACACCAAAAGGUUCAAGAAAAAUUACCUAACAAUAUCAUCAUCAGAUUAUUAUAAUAGAGACAAUAAUUUUAGAGUUUCAGAUCAUAUGGAGGCCUUAAAAAGAAGCCAAAUCAUCAGUUCCCUUUGUGAAGAAGGAACUAGCGAAGACAUGGAAUUUUCAAAUGAAAUAAAUACCAAACGGUUCAAUUUUGAAGGUUUCUGUGAGCAGAAUAAUAAAGCGUUUGCAGAUAUAGAUGAUUUAAGCAAAACAUCCAAAUUAGGAGAGUUAGGAAUGUCCAACCUGGGCAAUAAUGCAGUGACAAAAGAGAAACAUCAGGGGGUUAUGAUACAAAGCAAAAAAUGGAGUUACGGAAGUAUCGGAAGGGAAAAAAUAGACAAAUUAAUUUUAUUGGACAAUGAUACAUUUGUUAAUAAGCAUUCGUUUAACUGUGCACUGAAUGCUAGUGGAGUAGUAUUAAAAGCAGUUGAUUAUAUUUAUAGAAAUAAAAAAAAAAAAAAAAAAAAAAUUUUCUGUGUUGUAAGACCUCCAGGUCAUCACCUUGGAACAUAUGGUGCAGCUCAAUUUAAUUUAACAGAUGAAGACAGAGCAGCAGGAAGUCAAGGAUUUUGCCUACUGAAUAAUAUAGCCAUAGGAAUAUCAUAUGCAAAGUAUAAAUAUGAACAUUUUCAACGUAUCGCUAUUAUCGAUUUUGAUAUUCAUCAUGGAAAUGGCACAGAACAAAUUAUAAGAAAUAUAGGAUUAAAGAAAAUUCGAAUUAAUGAUUAUGUUGAUAUAUAUAGUUGGAAAGGUUGGAAGGACAAGAAUGAUAGGAAGAAUAUUUUCUUUAGUUCUAUUCAUGCAUUUGAUGGAUAUUUUUAUCCAGGAACAGGUAGCGAUACGGUGGAACUAGAACCAUAUAUUAUUAAUGUGACUUUAAAGAAAAAUAUGAAUGAACAGAAUUUUUUACAAUUAUUUCAUGAUAAUAUAUUGAUACAUUUAUUUCAUUUUCGUCCAAAUUUGUUAUUUUUAUCUGCUGGUUUCGAUGGCCACAAAUUAGAUUUUGUAAAUAAUGGAUUUGUAAAGAAAAAUACAUCUACCUAUUUUUAUUUGACAAAUUUAAUUAUAUCCUUACAAAAUAGAUUACGAUUUCCAAUCAUAAGUGUACUUGAGGGGGGAUAUAAUACUUCAAAUGAUAUGGCAUCUGUUUUUAGCUUAUCAGUAUUGGAACACCUCAUAUCAUUCUAUUACAGUGACAUUACAUUUGUAUCAAAAAAAAAAAAAAGACUAGCAAAGAACCAUUUUCAUGAUACAGGAAAGAAAAAUUACGCACAAAAAAAUAUUUCUCACAUGGUGAAUAAAAGCUAUCAGAAUGAUACAGAUCAUGAUCAUGAUCAUAAGGAUGAUGGUUAUGAAAAAAUGGAUCCAUCACAUGGAGAAAACAUAUCCAGAAUUAAUGACGUAGAAUGUGAAAACUUUUUGCACAAAAGUGAGGGAAAGACUCGUGUGAUUAGGAGCAGCCACACGAUGAGAGAAAAUUGUAGUGAUUAUUGCACACCCGAAAGUGGACACAGGCAUCUCAUCAUCGGGGGGAAAAGAAAGGGGAAUAUAACAACUAAAAAGAAAAAGGAAAGACAAAGACACUCCAUUCUUAAAUUUCCACACAUAUGUUUAGGAAAAAGUAAAAUAAAUAUUAUGUUUAAAAAAUAUUUCACAAUUUUUAAGGAGAAGACAAGGGAAACUGAAAAUUUGAAUUUAACAAAAUGUGUAAAAGAUUAUGAAAAUUAUUUGAAAGAAUUUGACAGGAAGCAAAAUGAAAUAAAAAAAAAAGUGAAUUCAUUUCUAAUUAAACAUAAAGAACAAUUUGAUAUUCUUCUUUACCAAAAAAGGGUUUUACAUUUUUGCAAACUCAAGGAUAUUAAACUUCCAUUUGAUGCCUACUUUUACGAAGUUAUGAAACAUUUUAAAAUUUACUUGAACAAAAAUGAAUUCACCAAAUUUGAAGCCAACACUUUGACAAUAAAUUCGCAAAAAUAUUUUUCUCUGUUAAACAAACCAUCCGAUUUGCACCAUUCUGAGUAUGUCUACAUUCAAAGAUACCCUGACACAACCUUUGAAAUAAGCAAUUUGUGGGAACCCAGCCAGAGUUAA